UGUAUGAUGAUCAUUGCCAUCAUCUAUUUUCAAUUACCCAAGAAAAACCUCUCUAUUCUGUCUCGCCAUGUCGACUCGACUCACCCACAACCGGCCCACAUCCACACAUGCAACCUUGUUUUGUCAAUUUUAGUGAAAUGCAAAAAAAUUCAACAAAUGGUAUGUAGGAAAAAGAGAAAGAAAGAAAGAAAUAGAAAGAGAGGAAACAGACAGCCAUUAUAUCGUUCCACCAACACUAGUACCCUCCUCCUCCUCCUCCUCCUCAUCAUCAUCAUCAUCACAGUUCUAGUCUACUAA